UUCGCCAUCUUUCAGUUUGGAAGAAAAAGACAACCUCGUAUGCAUCUUCUUCGCUUGGUUUGUUUGGUGCGCUUUUAAACGCUAUUUCUACGGUAGAAAGUACUUUCGACGGCCAAAAGUAACGCGAAACGAUGGCAGAAUACUUGGCCUCUAUUUUCGGUACCGAAAAAGACAAGGUCAACUGCUCGUUCUACUUUAAAAUCGGUGCCUGCCGACAUGGGGACCGUUGCUCGCGCAUCCACAACAAGCCGACCUUCUCGCAAACCUGCCUGCUGCAGAACUUGUACGUGAACCCGCAGAACUCGGCCAAAUCGGCGGACGGUAGCCAUCUGGUAGCGAACGUGUCGGACGAAGAAAUGCAGGAGCAUUAUGACAAUUUUUUCGAGGACGUGUUCGUCGAGUGUGAGGACAAGUACGGCGAAAUCGAGGAGAUGAACGUGUGCGACAAUUUGGGUGAUCAUUUGGUGGGCAACGUGUACAUAAAGUUUCGCCGCGAGGAGGACGCUGAGCGGGCGGCCAAGGAUCUAAACAAUCGCUGGUUCGGCGGAAGGCCGGUCUACUCGGAACUGUCGCCGGUUACCGAUUUCCGCGAGGCGUGCUGUAGACAGUACGAGAUGGGUGAAUGUACGCGUUCCGGAUUCUGUAACUUCAUGCAUCUCAAACCGAUUUCUCGCGAGUUACGGCGCUAUCUGUACUCCAGGCGUCGCGGACGCUCCCGGUCCCGGUCGCGGUCGCCUCGUCGUGGUGGUGGCGGUGGUGGGGGCGGCGGAGGUGGUGGUGGUGGUAUUGGAGGUGGCCGUGAUCGUUCCCGUGAUCGUCGCCGAUCUCGCAGCAGAGAUCGAAAAAACGAUCGUAACGACAAUGGACGUAAAGGACGAUACUGAAUAUUUGCAAACAGGAGUGAAGAUAGAAUGAGUUUUUUUCAUUUUCUUCGUAUUCUUAAUUACCUUUUUGACCAGGAUGAAUAGAAUGAUUUGAAACGGUGUAUGUUUGUAUUCGUAAUCAAUAAUCAUAAAAUACAUUUACAUCUGAAAAAUGAAAAA